GGGUGGCGGCGCGGCUUGAGGCGAGGCGGGAAUGGGGCAGAGGAGGCCGCGGCCGCCCGCUCCGGCGGCGGGGGGCUCCCGGCGGAAGGGAGGUACCGGCGAUGUCCCCGCGUCCACCAGCCUGCCGCCACUCGUGGAGGGCCCUCUGCGCUGCUUCCUUCGCUGCACCGUCUCCCGAAUCCUAUGGACGGCCACCAAGCCACCCGCCGUCCUCGUCCGCCUGAGGUGGUGGGGAGAAACCUCCGACGGUACCGUCUUCCAGCCCCCCGGGCGGCCGGGACAACCGGCGGGGACAACCACCGCCCGCUACCCUGUCCGCUGUGGGCCAAGGCAGUUUGCUGCUUACCUGAGAGACAUGUCUGUGCUUGUCCUGGAGGUAAUGACCAAACUUGACCGUCUUCCAGUUGGCAGAGUGCAAAUCACCGGACUGUCCCAGCUCUCUCCCAGCCACCCCAUCCAUGGCUUUUUCACCAUAGUUUCACCAAAAUCUGAAAAACUAGGAGAGCUGCAG